AUGCUAACUGGAAACAGCAUCAUGUAUUGCGCUUCACUACCCCAUUUGAACCCCUUUAAUGUUGUCUGUGGUUUCAUAUGUGAAGAUACACCAACUGAUGAAUGCAACGCAUUAAAAGAUCACGUUGAGAAAGUGAAUGCUGCAGAAAAGCGUUUUGUAUGUGAAAUAUGCACCAAACAGUUUUUACACAAAUCUCACUUGAAAGUUCAUCAGAUGAGGCACACCGGGGAAAAACCUUUUGAAUGUGCGAUUUGUACUAAAAAGUUUACAAGAAAGCAAGAUUUAACGAGACAUUUGAGAAUACACAAUGGAGAAAAACCAUACUUAUGUAACAUAUGCACAAAACAGUUUUCACAAAGCGCUCACUUAAAGGAUCAUAUGGUAGUUCAUACCGUUGAAAAACCUUUUGCGUGCGAAGUUUGCGGCAAAGAGUUUUCGAGAAGUUCUGAUUUAAAAAUGCAUAUGAUUAUUCAUACUGAAGAAAAACCAUUUGGAUGUCACAUAUGCGCCAAAAAUUUUUCACGCAGUUCUUCUUUAAAAGAGCAUAUGAAAAAGCACACUGGAGAAGGUCAAUUUGAAUGUAAAAUUUGUAGCAAACAGUUUACACGAAAUCACGCUUUAACGACACAUAUGAGAAUACACAAUGGGGAAAAACUAUUUGUAUGUAACAUAUGCACAAAACGGUUUUCACGCAGAUCUACCUUAAAGGUUCAUAUGCUAACUCAUUCUGAUGAAAAACCUUUUGAAUGUGAAGCUGACACCAAACAACCUUCUUUAAAACAAAAUAUGAAACCGCACAUUGGAGAUAAUCUUUUGGAGCCUGAAAUAUGGCCCAAACAUUUUUUAGCAGAUUAA